AUGACCAAAAAAGCAACAAAUAAUAGAUGUUCUUAUGUGUUUGUAAUUGACAGUGAUCUAGCAAUAAAACAUACAAUAAUUAAUACUGAAAUGCAAAUAUAUUAUAUAUUUUCAAAUACUAUUGGAAUUAGUUUAUAG